AUGUCUACCACAGAUUCAGUUUUCCACUAUGUGUAUGGCCUUCCACCACCAACGACUUCCAAACGAAAAGAGCCAAUGCAGAUCUUGGCUGUCGGAAUUUCCCGAUCUGCCACCGAGUCUCUUCGCGAGGCACUUCAUAUACUAGGCUUCAACCAUACAUUCCACGGCUUCGAUACCAUCCUCCCGCCAUCAUCCCUAGAAGCAAUCUAUGAACUUCUACAGAAAAAGUACAAUAAAGCCCCAAAGCACGGCGAAACAAACAAAUUAACCGCCGAAGACUUCGACACCGUUCUAAGCGACUGCGUGGGCGUGAGCGACCUCCUCGCAGCAGAAUUCGCGCCCGAACUAAUAUCCGCCUAUCCAAAGGCAAAAGUAAUUCUAAACACCCGCCAUGAUCUAGACAGCUGGUACAAAAGCAUGGAACAAACAAUGGGAUAUUUCGACAAAAACCCAAAAGACUGGGACUGGCUCAAGAGCUGGUUCAACGCGGACCUAUUCUGGAUUCGACAGACAAUGUGUCGUACCAUGAUGCCACGCUUCUUCCGGGGUAGCUUUGCUGCUAAUGGUAAAUGGGUCUAUCAGCAGCAUGUGGCUAUGGUGCGGGGGAUUGGAUUGCCGCCAGAUCGGCUGCUGGAAUGGUCUGUUGAGGAUGGAUGGGGGCCGCUCUGCGAGUUUCUAAAUAAGGAUGUCCCGCAGGAGGAAUUUCCUGUUGGGAAUCCACCUAAAGCUUGGGCGGAACGGAUUGCUGUUACUAUGCAGGGUCACCAUGAACGGGCGUUGAGGAAUAUGGGUAUUUUUGGGGCUGUUUUGGUUGUUACUGCUCUAGUUUUGGGGAUGUUCAUUUUGAAAUAA